CAUUCUAUCCCCAAGUUACUUUGAAUCUAGUUGGUAUUAUGGCAUCAGCUCUGUUCAUCCUCCUGCUGCUUCAAUCUUUCCUUGUUUCAACUUCUGUUUCUUCGACUGUUUAUUUCUCUCUCAAUCAGACAGAAACUCUUCUCAAAUGGAAAACCAGUCUCGACAACCGCAGCCAAAGCUUCCUCUCUUCUUGGGUUGGGGACAAUCUUUGCAAAUGGGUUGGAAUUGCUUGUAAUAAAGCUGGAAGCAUCGUCAACAUAACCCUUCGUGAUUAUGGUCUUAAAGGUACAAUUCAUGGCCUUAAUUUCUUUGCCUUCCCUGACCUAAUGCAGCUCAAUCUUAGCAAUAACUCACUUCAUGGGGCAAUUCCUUCCCACAUCGUUAACCUGUCCAAACUCACUUAUCUUGAUUUGUCUUACAAUAACUUUUCUGGGAAUAUUCCUUCUAAUAUAGGAUUGCUGUCGAGUCUGAACUUCUUUUCAAUUAGUAGGAAUCAUAUCAGUGGCUCUAUUCCUAAGGAUAUAGGAAGGUUGAGUCUCCUUUCUAAACUCUACCUCAAAGAGAACUAUUUUACUGGUUCAAUUCCUGUUUCUAUAGGAAAUAUGAGUAAUUUGUUUGAUCUUCGCAUCAAGAACAAUAGACUCAGUGGUUCAAUACCUCAGGAAGUUGGAAUGAUGAGAUGUCUUGUUUUACUUAGUUUUUCAAUAAACUCCUUGACCGGUUCGAUCCCUGCAUCAAUAGGUAAUUCAAGCAAUUUAAGAGAACUUUAUCUUUAUAAUAAUGAGCUCUCUGGUUCAAUACCUAUUUCCAUAGAAAACUUGAGAAACCUAUCCAUUCUUGAUCUCUCUAAUAACUUGCUUUCUUACUCAAUACCUUCUGAGGUAGGAUUGCUUAAAUCUCUCACUGAACUUUACCUUUAUGGCAAUGCUCUUUCUGGUUUGAUCCCUACUUCCAUGGGAAACCUGAGCAACCCAUCUAUUAUUGAUCUCUCUAAUAACAUGCUCUCUAACUCAAUACCUUUUGAGGUAGGAUAUCUUAAAUCUCUCACUGAACUUUACCUUAAUGACAAUGCUCUUUCUGGUUUAAUCCCUUUUUCCAUAGGAAACCUGACCAACAUAUCUCUUCUUGAUCUCUCUAAUAACAUGCUCUCUAACUUAAUACCUUCUGAGGUAGGAUUGCUUAAGUCUCUCACUCACCUUGAUUUGUCUAAUAACAGUUUCUUUGGCUCAAUCCCUACUUCCAUAGGAAACUUGAGCAAUCUAUCUAUUCUUUCUCUCUAUUAUAACAUGCUUUCUGGCUCAAUACCUUCAGUGAUGAGAUUAGUUAAAUCUCUCACGAGACUUGAAUUGUCUGAUAAUAAAAUUUCUGGUUCAAUCCCUGAUUCCAUAGGAAACUUGAGCUCCCUAUCUGAUCUUUUUCUCAAUGAUAACAUGCUUUCUGGCUCAAUUCCUUCUAAGGUAGGAUUACUUAAAUAUCUUGAGAAUAUAGAUUUAUCCAAUAAUAGCUUCUCUGGUUUGAUUCCUACUUCAAUUGGAAAUCUAACAAAAAUUCUUGGGUUAUACCUUGGAAGAAACUAUUUAUCUGGCCCUAUUCCUUUGGAAAUGAGUAACCUUAUUCUUCUUGAAAUUUUGCAACUGGGUGAUAACAAACUCAAUGGUCAUUUACCUGAGAAUAUUUGCCACGGAGGAUUAUUGGAAUCUUUGUCGGUGAGAGGAAAUUAUUUGACGGGUUCCAUCUCAAGAAGUUUGAGAAAUUGCACCAACUUAUAUAGAGUAAGGUUUGACGAGAAUCAACUUGAAGGGACAACAGAAAUUUUUGAUAUGUGUGGCAACUUGGAUUUUAUUGAUUUGAGUGAUAACAAGUUUUAUGGUGAACUUUCCCCAAAGUGGGGGUUGUGUCAUAAUCUAACAAGCAUGAAAAUCUCCAAUAAUUACAUUUCUGGAAGGAUACCUCCUGAGCUAGCUCAUGCCACUCAAUUACAACGUCUUGAUCUCUCUUCAAAUCAUCUGAGUGGCGAGAUUCCGAAGGAAUUAGGCAGGUUGACAUCAUUGGUCUAUCUCUUGCUAAAUGAUAACCAACUCAUUGGCAGAAUCCCUUUAGAGAUAGGGCAACUACUCAAUUUGCAACAACUCAAUUUGGCCACAAACAAUCUUUAUGGGCCGAUUCCAACGCAACUUGGAAAGUGCCUUAGGUUACUAAGCUUGAACUUGAGUAUGAACCAACUUGGAGAUCGUAUUCCUUUUGAAAUGCAGAGCAUACUCGGUCUACAGACUCUUGAUUUGAGUUGGAAUAUGCUAGCAGGCGAGAUUCCACAGGAACUUGGAAGUUUGCAUAUGUUAGAAUUACUAAAUCUUUCUCACAACAUGCUUUCUGGUUCCAUUGCUUCUGUUUUUGAUGGUAUGCUGAGCUUAACAAAUGUCAGCAUCUCCUACAAUCAGUUGGAGGGUCCUAUCCCUGGCAUCAAAGCCUUCCUUAAUGCUCCUUUUGAUGCUCUCAGAAACAAUAAAGGCCUUUGUGGCAAUGUCCCUGGCCUAGUUCCUUGUGUAUCCAACAAUCAAAGCAAAAGCUCAAGUAGACCUGUGAUUUUAAUUGUUGUACCUAUUUUCUGUGGUCUAGUUUUGUUAUUUAUCUUGGUGGGGUGUUUACUUCUUGUUCAAAACAAAAAAUACAAGCCAAGAGAGGGACAAUAUCACGAUAUUUUUGCCAUUUGGGGAUAUGAUGGGAAAAUCCUUUAUGAAAACAUUCUUGAAGCUACAGAGCAUUUCAACUCAAACUAUUGCAUUGGCUCAGGAGGAUAUGGAAAUGUUUACAAAGCUGUGCUAGCAACAGGCCAGGUGGUCGCUGUGAAGAAACUUCAUCCACCAGAUGACAACCAGUACGUUAAGUUGCGGGCAUUUGAAAGAGAGAUUCGUGUUCUGAUCGACAUAAGACAUCGCAACAUUGUGAAGUUUUAUGGUUUUUGUUCUAACCCGGAGCACUCAUUACUGGUUUAUGAAUUUGUUGAAAGAGGGAGCUUGAGAACAGUUUUGAGCAACCCAGAAGAAGCAACAGAGUUGGAUUGGGAUAAGAGAUUGAACAUUGUUAAAGGGUUAGCUAGUGCUUUAUCUUACAUGCACCAUGAUCGCCCUUCACCAAUAAUCCAUCGUGACAUUUCUAGCAACAAUGUUUUGUUAGAUUUGGAUUAUGAAGCUCAUGUCUCAGACUUUGGCACUGCUAGGAUUUUGAAGCCGGAUUCCUCUAACUGGACAUCCUUUGCAGGCACAUUUGGCUACACAGCUCCAGAGCUUGCUUACACGAUGCAAGUAAGUGAAAAAUGUGAUGUCUAUAGUUUUGGAGUGGUAACAAUGGAGAUAAUUAUGGGAAGGCAUCCAGGUGAUCUUAUUUCAUAUUUAUGGACACCAAAUGGCCAGCAGAUGUUGCUGAAGGAUGUCAUAGACCAAUGCCUUAAACCUCAAAGGAGGAAUAAGGUGGCAGAGCAAGUGGUUGCUACCACAAAACUAGCAUUUACAUGUUUGCAUUCCAAUCCUCAAUUUCGCCCCACUAUGCAACAGGUUUAUCAGGCUCUUACAAGUGGUCGACCAUUUCCAUUGCCAAAGCCAUAUUCAAUGAUAAGUUUGGGAGAUUUGAUUGGAGAUGGACAUGGGAUAAAGGGCUGAGUUGCUUGGAUAUUUAUCAUAGUUCUAGGCUACGAGGUUUAAUAAAGAACUUGAAGAAAUGUGAAUGUGUUAUCAGGUUAUGUGUUAUCAGGUUUUCUAUCUACAUUCAAUUUGAAGAUGAAUGAGACCACUUUUUUUAUAAAUUAGGAAUGUAGUUAAGCUACAUGCUGUGUGGACUAUUGUACUCUUUCGUUUGUUAUAAUUUCUUAGGGUUUUUUUCCUUUUAAUAAAUAAUUUGUUGGUGU